AUGGCCCCCGAAGCCUUCGCCGACCCCAAGAAGCUUCAUCCAUUUUUCACCCCCGGGUCCGACAGACCCACUCCCUCCUCGGAUGCCUCGAACAGCGAACACCCAGCAGCAGAGGUCGGCGCCUUGCCCGGGGCUGACCAUGAUGGGCCGACGCCGAAACGACGAAAGAUCGAUCCCGACGCUCUCCAAGAGACCAAUACGCCAACCACCAAAAAGCGCCGCAACCCACGGAAACAAGUGACCAGCGGACCUUCCAUCAUCGAGGCGCUCUCGAAGCCCAGUCCUCUCGGGACGAACGAACCCGACACCCCGUCCAUUUCGACGGGCCCGGCAACCCCCCAGGCCGCAAGCGAACGCCCGCUCGCCAACGUCGCUGUACCGAACACCAGUGCAGCCAGUGCCGAACAAUCGCAGCCUCUGCAAGACGAGGCAAAGCCCAAGCGCGUCCUGAAGUUCAACCCCAAGACAGGCACCAUCGGGUCGCCACCAAAGCCAAAAACGACGACCCCGACUGGAGGCAGGUCUAAAUCCGCAAAAGGCAAGCAGGCAUCCUUCAUUGUGGCGAUACCCUUUGGCCAAGACCCCGAAAGCCGCCAGCGGAUCGGCAGCAGGAUUGAAGAGAUCCUCCGAACACCGCCCACGGCGAUACCAGACACGAAAACACCGCCCAAGAAGGGGCGCGGAAAAUCCACCAAGCCUGCGGCAGAAAAGGCCAGACAGACCAAGAUGGAUCCGCAGACGGGACAGCCUGUCAAAACAACCGCGCCUCCUGCCAACAAAGCAGCCGCCCCUCCCCCGCCGCGGCAGGUCAUCUUCUCCUCGACCCCUUGCUCGCCCAAGAAGCCCAGGAACCCCAUCAAGCGCACGAACCUGCCACAAUUUGGCGUCAAAUCAAUGGGUCUCCGAGUUCCAGGUGCUGCGCAUCCUGCUUGGCCCGCGAAAGGCGCUGCCCACGUGACGGGACUUUCCGAGGAUUGCUGGUCUCAGACUGCAGUGCAACGCCCCCGGGUGUCUCCUCGAGGAAGGCCAAGGGGCAUCAAAGCCGCACUGAGCGCCCAGACAGAAGAGUUCGAUAGGCCGCCACCAGAGCUGCGGCUGCCGGGGAAGCACUUUGAAAGCGGUCCCAAACUGCAGGCACGGAUACGACCUGAGCUGAGGACGCCUCUUCCGUCAAGAAGCAGUCUACACGACGACAGCGACGACGAAAUUGUGACUGCGACGAGACAGGCACCGCAUGCCGCAGUCUCACGUCUGUAUAAAUCACUCUCGACCAGUUUGUCGGCGUUCGAUCGAUCCGCAUGCGAGGACCUGGCCUGGGUGCAAAAAUACGCCCCAGCAACAGCAGCCGAGGUGCUACAAGUCGGCCGGGACGCCAUCUGGCUCAGGGACUGGUUGGAGAUGCUCAAGGUGCAAUCUGUUGACACAGGCAUCACUGUGGAUCAGAAACCCGCGACUGUGAAGGCGGCCGUGUCCGGACCCAAGAAGAAACGGAAGCGUGGCAAGCUGGAUGGAUUUGUGGUUUCCAGCGAUGAGGACGCUUCGUACGACCCCGACGAGAUCACCGAGCCCGAAGAUGACAAUGUCCCGCUCGCGCCGAAGCAGACCAUCAUGCAGAACAUGCCCAAGAGCGGCAAGGACAUGCCGAGGGUGGCCAACGCAGCACUCAUCAGCGGACCGCAUGGGUCGGGCAAGACGGCCGCCGUCUACGCCAUUGCGAAGGAGCUGGGUUUCGAGGUGUUUGAAAUCAACGCGAGCAGUCGACGCAGUGGGAAAGAUGUGCUGGACAAGGUGGGCGACAUGACGCGCAAUCACCUCGUGCAACGACAUCAGGACAGCAAGCAGGGCGACGCAGAAGAUCCCACAGCCAAGGAUGUCAAGUCGGCAAAACAAGGCACCGUCAUGUCCUUCUUCAAGCCCAAGACUACCAAACCCAGCACGCCAACCCCCGCGACAACCCCGCCGCCUGCUGCGCCUGCGCCUGCGCCUGUGCCUGCGCAGAAUGCAGCACCAUCUGGUGACAAGCAGGAGGAGGCGGAGAAAUCAAAGACCACGCAACCCAAGUCCCAGAAGCAAUCUUUGAUUCUCAUCGAAGAGGCGGACGUGUUGUACGAGGAGGACAAGCAAUUUUGGACGACCAUCACGACGCUGAUUGCGCAGUCGAAGCGCCCGUUCAUCAUGACCUGCAACGACGAGAGUCUGAUCCCGAUACAGACACUGAACCUGCACGGCAUAUUCCGCCUCAGCCCUCCGCCGACCGAACUGGCACUGGAUGUCAUGCUACUCAUUGCGGCGAAUGAGGGUCACGCCCUCCGCAGGCCAGCUGUGCAGGCGUUGCUCGAGUCCAGGGGCGGCGACAUCCGGGCCUCUCUGACGGAGCUCAACUACUGGUGCCAGCUAGGCGUUGGCGACCGACGGGGCGGCUUCGAAUGGUUCUAUCCGCGGUGGCCGAGGGGGUGCGACAAGGAUAAGAACGGCCAUGUUGUGCGUGUUGUCAGUGAGGGCACAUAUCUGGAGGGCAUGGGCUUCGCCGGCGCCGAGUCGCUAGGUCCUUCGCAACGCGAAGAGGACGAACUGCUCCUGCAGAGCUGGGACAGCCUCGGCAUGGACCUCAGCAACUGGCACGAAACGAGGGAUCAGGCUGCCUGGGCAGGACGCAUGGGCAGUGCAAGCCGCAGCGAAAGGCUCGCAGCCCUUGACGUCUACGAACGGUUUGCCGACAUGAUGAGCGCCGCCGACCUCUGCUCCGAUGGUCGGUUCGGGGUCGGUCUUCAGCUCGCGAAGACUACACACUCGGGCGGCGCCGCUGGAAGCCCGCUGGUGACGGACCACGCGCCCUUCUGCACGUCAGCCGCCAUCUCGCUUCGUUGCGGUGCGCGCCAGCUUGCGGACGACGGCCGAGAGACGCACCAUGCGCCGAUGGGCUGCAUCACGCCGUCCGAUGUCAUCAAGAAGCUUCGCCAGUCUGCACCCACGGAGGAGGACAUUCCCAUCGUUCGAUACGACAUGGCGCUGGCGUUUGACCCCAUUGCCAUCUCCGAACGACAUUCCAUCGUGCCGGCAAGCUUCCUCGAUCCGUCCGUGUUCGACCGCACGAUGCGGCUGAUCACGCUUGAUGUGGCGCCCUUUGUUCGAGGCAUUGUGGCGCAUGACCGACGUAUGGCGGGGACACAGCGCAGCAGCCUGCUCAGCGAAAGCGUGCGGCCGGGCAAAAGGCUGAGGCAGACACGAACGGCAGCUCUCGACGGCGGGGCGAUGCUGCGGCGGGAGCAUUACUUCGGAACAAAGCUCAAUCCCUAUUUUGUGAUGCGGACCGGCGGCAAGGGGUGGGCGGAGGCUGCUGUGGAAGAGGCCCAGGGAGAUGGUAUAGAGGAGGACACACAGGUCCUCCCACGUAGUUCUAGAGAGCAGCUUCGAGUGGGGCGAACCCAGUCACGCCGGCCAUGUUUGCCAUGA